AUGGCUGCCUCGUGGAUGUUGGAAGAGUGGAAGGCGUUUUUGGAGGGCAUCGUAGUAGACCCGGUAUACCAUGACGUCUUGUCGCUGCUCAAGACGGCGCGCAACGGCGCAGUCUACGGGACGAAAGUGCGCUUUCCGCACGCGCUGGUGAUGAUUUUCCUCUUCCGGUCCGGAACGUUCCGAGAAAAGGCGUCAUUAGUUUUUCGAGCAACGAAGAAGCAUGCCACGAACCUGGCCAAGUUUGCUUCUAUAUACAAGAUUACGAUGUUGGCGCUGAAACGCUAUGGCGCUACACCUGGCAAGGAGGGCCCCUUCGACUCCUUCUUCGCCGGUCUCCUCGGCGGCUACAUCGUCUUCGGACAGCGCUCCAAGCGCUACGGCAAGAUCUCGUCCGUCAACCAGCAGAUUGUCAUCUACAUCUUCGCCCGCGUCGCCCUGGCCCUGGCGCGCAUCGCCGUCAAGCCCGGCCACGGCCUGCCCGUCGUGUCGAGCGAGCCGCUGCACUCGCAAAUCACCCACUACGCCUGGCCCGCGUUUGCGUCGCUGUCGUGGGGCAUGGUCAUGCUGCUGUUCAAGCACCACCCGGAGGAUCUCCAGUCGAGUCUCAGGAGCAGCAUGACUUAUAUCUACAAGGACUGCGACAGCUGGGACUCGCUGAGGACCUUGGUGUGGCAUAACAAAUAG